CCGUGGACAGCCACCGAUACAAAACACUCAGCUGAACGUACUCUCGUGGGUCGGCGUUUUCGCGUUUUCGCUCCGCUGCCGAUUUGAGUCCGAUUUAGGCCCGAUUUACUGGCUAAAAACGCAUUUAAUUAACAAAAAUCAAGUAGUUAUACGCGCUACGAAAAUGUUUUGCUGUCCAAAAGGAAAACCGUUACAAAGUGCCGAAAAUCAAUAGCAAAGCAAAGUAAAUAAAAGUGCAUACGAAUGAGUGUGGGAAACGAAAUGCAAGUGCGUGCCAACAAAUAAGAAAUAAGAAGCCAAAAGGAAGCGAAGGAAGAUAAGAAGUAAAAAGUGCAACGGAUAAAGAGAAAAAGAGCUCCAACAAAUAAAAAGAAAAAUUCGGUGCGGCUUUUCUACGUGACGCGAAAUUAAAAGUGCUCUCUCUUUCUCCUUCUUAGUCUCUCCCCCUCUCUUUCCCACUCGCUCUUUGUUGAAAUUUAGCUGCGAACAGGGUCAAAAUAAAAAAACACGUCGAAGAAAUACUUGUGUAUAUAAAUUCUAGGUAAUUCCUACCUUCCGUUUUUUGCGGUUAACGCGCGUGAUUCAUAAACUCGUAUUUAAGUAACAAAAAAGAUAAAGAAAUUCUGCCGUGCAUUGAACCUGCUGAAAACGCUGGGCCCAAGUAAUCAGCCAACAUGGAUAACAUCUGUGCAAUAGUCGAAUACGAGUAUGCGGCCAAGGAGCCCGACGAGCUGGAUCUCCAGAAAGGUGCCAUCAUCCAUCGGAUCAAGCAGAUGCCCGGCGGCUGGUGGCAGGGCACCCUGAAGUCCUCCGGAGUCACAGGCAUGUUCCCGGACAACUUUGUCCGGGUGCUCGAGUCCGGCAUCAGCAGCAAUGGAAACGGAACCACAGGCAGUGGGGACCACCUCGACGAGGGAACAGCUGUCCAACUGAGGGACAAAUCCGCGACAUCGAACCGCCGCUGCAAAGUCAUCUAUAGUUACACACAAGUCAACGACGACGAACUUACGCUGGCUGUGGGUGAUGUCAUUGAAUUCCUAGGGGAGGUCGAGGAAGGCUGGUGGCGCGGUCGUCUGCGCAGCAAAGUCGGCGUCUUCCCAUCGAAUUUCGUGCAACAUAUCGAACCGUCGCCCAUUUUGGCCUCCAAACGGCCGCCGACAAUCGGCGCCACUGUGACCACGUCGUCGCUGACGUCCAAGGCGGCGAAUGUGGCCAGUGUGGCCAAUGUGGCAGCCACAUCCACGUCCACAACAUCCGGAGGAGGAAGCACCGCCUCCGCAGCAAAGCAGGCGACCAAGAGCAGAGCGGUUGCAGCAGGAACUGCGGCUCCAGCGGAAACAGCGGCCAUAGGAUCGGGAUUGGGAUCGGGAUUGGGAUUGGGAGCUGGAGCAACGGGAUCGGCAGGACCUGCGGGUCCUUCGGCAGUGCCCAUGCUGCCACCGAAGCCCCAGCGGGAGUACUGCCGGGUGGAGUUCCCCUACGCCCCGCAGAACGACGACGAGCUGGAGCUCCGGGUGGAUGACAUAAUCACAGUGAUCACCACGGAACUGCCCGACAAAGGCUGGUGGAAAGGAGAAAUCCGCGGCAAGGUGGGCGUUUUCCCCGACAACUUUGUCAAAAUGCUGGCACCCUCGGAAGUUGCCCCGAUCAACGAGCCGCCGACCUCCACGCAGACCCAAGCGCAGAGGAAGAUCAGCAGCACCGCCAGCACCACCAGCCACAUGACCACAACGAACUCGAGCAACUCCAGCACCACCUCGGUGACAACGCAGCAGCAGAAGGAGCAGGUCGGGGGCGCGGGCGGGGGCAGUUCCUCCACCACCUCGAAGGUGUACAUCAAGAAGACCGGCAGCAGCAGCAACAGCACCACCAGCAGCACCACCACAGCCUCCUCCUCGGCGGGUCGCAAGGAGAGCUUCGGGUCGCGCGACUCCCUGAAUGACAUCCUGAGCGAGACGGGUCUGCCCACCGGCAAUGUGGCCGCCCAGCGGAAGUCCCUGGAGAACAAGAACCUCGAUCUGACCAAGCCGCCCGGCGUGGGAGCCUCUGUGUCCGUGAGCCAGCAGAGGAGCAGCGCCUCCAGUGCCACCGUCUCCUCGGUCACCACCACAUCCACGGGACUGGCCUCCUCGGCGGUGAGCAAGUCCAUGGAGAACAUGGACGAGAAGGUCAAGUCGCCCCCGCCGCCGGUGCUCAGCAAGAAGCCGAGUGUGCCGCUCAAGAAGACUCCCACAGGCGGAGUGCCAGUAGCUGGUAAUCUUCUGGGCGGCAAGAAAAAGAAUCCGGAGGGCAAACUCACCACUGCCGUUUCCCACGACCUGGCGGACGGUCUCACCGCCAGUAAGAUGCUGACGGGUGCUAAUCAGCUGCCAGAAUCCGGAGCAGCCGGCAACGUGGUGAUCCGAAGAGCGGCCACCAUCGCCGUGGAGGACACAGACUUCGACCGCGUGGAGCGGGCCUCGAUCCUCACGGACAUGCGGCAGGGAAGAGUCAAGGCGCCGAAGAGGCGUCCGCCCUCGGCGGCCAUAAACGUGCUGGGAGAGAGCAACAACAACUCCGUGUACGUGAACGGCAGCGGAAUGGGCGGAGGAAGCGCCAGUGAACUGAGCGAAGAUGGAGGCGCCGGGGGAAAGACUUCCGAUGACAACUCGACGGGCGAGGAGCCACAGCUGGCCAAGCCGAAGCCCCGCGAGUGGGAGAAGAAGAAGGCGCCCUGGAUGGAGGAGCUGAAGGCCUCGCAGGUCACCCGGAAGAAGACCUCGCCCAGUGUGGAGCCCCGAGGCGCUUCGGUGGCCGAGAGGACCUCCAAGCUGUUCGCCGCGGAGCAGGCAAUCAGCAGCAGUAGUAGCAGUACCACAACGAAAGUGCAAUCCUCGGCGGUCACUUCGUCCAUAAUUGUGGACAGCGCGAGCAGCAGUUCGGUGACCACCAGCAGCCGGACCUCAACCACCACCAACGAUGCCAUCAUGUCCCGCAGCCUGACGGCCGCGAAGACCACAGCCGCCAGCAGCGACGAGGAAACGAAGGCCACGCGGCCGAACAGCCUGGCCAUUCGAAAUCAACGAAGUGUUUCGCCCCUAGUUAAGUCAGCCAAUGCCAGCAGUUCGCAGUCGCAGGAGGAGAAGCCCUCGCACCAACUGAACAACCACCAGGACGCCAGCUCCUCGCGGGUGGCCCAACUGGAGCAGCGGGUGGACAAGCUGGAGGGCCUCGUUCUGAACCAACAGCGAACCAUCGAGGAGCUGGUAAAUGCCCUGAAAUCCGAGGCCGAACGCGUCAAGGUUUUAAGAAGCGAACUGGACAAAUACGCGCAGUGCGUGACGCAAGUUUGAGCCUAGUUAGAGUCGCCUUUUAGCUAGCUUUUGAGUCCUUGAUUUUUAGCGUGUGCUGAACUCUACAAUUACAAUUGCAAUUCCCAGGCCUGAAACGUAGAACGUAGUAGAGUAGACCCAGACCGAACCCAAGACAAUCCCAAAUAUCUGUACUCUGUGUUCUGUACUUAUACACCAGAAUGAUCUUUCCAAACUGCUAGCGAUCAUCGUUUUUGCAUGCCAAAACCGUUUUGCUUUCGCUAAUUACUUUGUAUCCCCCUGUAUAUCUGCUAAUUUCGAUAAGUAUUUUUUAUACACUCGUACAUUCCGAGAAGCUAAGGAGUGAUUUCUUUUAGCGGCUUUCGAUUGCGAUUUGUUUUGUUUAUACGAUUUACGAUUAUUUUUUAAAGAUGUAUUAAAGUUAUGAGUAAAGUGUACUAUAAACUAUAUACUAAACGAGAGAGAAACAUACAAAAGUUCGAUGGAGUUGAUGGAUGAUGCCUAAAACUUAAGCAAUACCAAUAAAUAAUGCAAAUAAACACUA